GAACAAAAACUUGGUGACAUUAGCCAGACUAUGUUUCUGAUGUGACUUACAGGUGCUAGCUGUAAGCUAUUGCUUUUUUAUGCAAUGUUUUAAUAUGGUAGAGGUGUAACAGUAUUUAUUAUAGCUUAAAUUUUCAACUUCUAGUUUAGGGAUGCAACUCUAUAGUUGAAUCUGUGUCUGUUUCGAGCAACCUUAAGGCCACUUCAGGAUGUAAAAAUUUCCUUGAAGAGCAACUGCCUCUACCUUUACCCAUUCUUGUCAGCAAUGAAAGGAUUGCUUCCCUUCAAAAACAGAUAACAAACAAAUGGUUAGCUACUGAAGAUGUAAGUUAACAUAGCUCUUUUUAACACAGGUUAUUUGCUUUUUUCAUCUUAACUCUGCCUCAGCUGUGCUGCUCUGGCACAGUCGCAGUGGUGGACUCCUCCAGGAGCGGACUCCUCUUUGAGGAGGGAGGAAUGAGAAGCAGCUGUUGCAUCUCUGCUUCUAAGGCAGCAUCCGCUAUUGUUUUUAAAGCGCUCUGACCAAGGUAGAGCUAUUUCGGCGGUGCUGGAAAGCGUAAGCCCCACGUGACUCUUUCAGAAGUCUCGCGGGCAUUGUUCAGCCGCAGCCCGCUUUUCGCGCUGCCGCUCCGCGCUCGACUGCCUGUGCCUGUCGGCCGCUCGGCUCGGCGCUGCGCUGCACGACCUGCCGGCGAGCGGCUCCGGGCCUCGGCGCGUGCGGCGGCCGUUGGGCCUCAGGCGGCGAUGUGGCGCUUGAGCGCGGCGCGGGGGUUCUGGGCGGGCUCGGAGGGUCCGUGAGGGCGUCGGAGGAGUGCUGCGGGCCGGAUGGGUCGUGCAAAGGCAGAAGUCGUCUGUCUCUCUCUGUUUUUUUCCCCCCCCCAUGUUUAACCGUUGCAGAACAGCAGGUAUGCCCUGACCAACGCUGCCAGUGCCGCCGGAAGGCUGUGAGGUUCCAUCAUGUCCGAAUCCAGGCCUUCGGGAAGAAGAAAAGCCCAGAUGGCUUCGUUACCGAGUGCAAAGAAGAAAAAGAAAGAAACGGCGAGGAAAGCGAAAGAUAAAGGAACACCCUCUGUACCUCCACAAUCCUCGUCUAUUAUUUCGUUAUUCAGCAACGCCCCCCCAGCCAAAGUUAGCUGUCCCGUGUGCGGGCAGCUGGUGCCCAGGUACGGGAUCAACCAGCACAUGGACCAGCUGUGUCGGAGUGGCUGUGUCGGGCUGGCUGCUGCUGCUGGUGGUGGUGAUGGGGGUGCAGUGCUCGGCACCACACAGAGUCUGCCAGGCACACCUGUGAGCAGUAAUUCCAGCCCGUAUUGUUCGGAGCCCUCACAUCUGAGAACCAGUCCUUCCGAAAGCAGAGUGCUGAAAACAGAAGGCAGGGCAGUGGGGCACGUUAGUCCUUAUUUUAGCAAUCGGGGUCCGGUCGGUGAUGUUUACACUGAGCCGACGGAGCAAACGGUUAAAGUCGUUUCUUUGGGAAGCUUGUCAUCUAAGCUGUCCAGAAGACGUCGCAUCCAGAGGGGAAAGCAGAUCGUGUACAAGGAGAUGGACUCCUCACCUCCAGCUGCUCACAGCGUGUGUGACAGUGCUGCAGUACUGGAUGGCGGUGCUGAUGAUACCUGUGCUGGGAGUAGUUCUCAGAAAGAAAACGAGCUUGUUCAGAGAGUGCACCAGGAGCAAAAUACCUCAGAGAAGGAGUCUGAAUUUCAAGCUGAAAUAGAUGAAUAUAAUAAGGGAGAUGUUACAGAUGUUGUUCAGGUAUCGUUACCAGCUGAUAAAAGAGUGCUGUUUGGUGCAAGGAAUUCCAGUGCAGGAAGUAGAUCUAAAGGCAUGGUGCUCACUCCCAGUAAUUCUCAAGUACAUCUGGCUGUUGGUACCUCAGCAGGGCUGGUCAGAAGUUCAGAGGUUGAGGCACAGCCACGUGCUCAACAUGUUCUGUCUUCAGAGAUGGAAGUGGACUGUGGUAUGCAAAGCUGCUUUAAUGACAGUGACGAACAGGUACUUCCUGUGGAAGUUCUUGAAGAUUUUAAUUAUGAGUUUAAUCAUAAUUUGUCAGAAACUGUGGAAAAGGUGGAUUCUCAAAAUUCCGUUGGUGAUAUUUUAAAUAAAAUAAAUGAGGUUAGCUCUCCUAGUCACCCGUAUUACCUCCGAAACUUUUUAAUGGUGUUGCAAGCAGUGUUGGAGAAUGAAGAUGAUGUGAGACUCUUUGAUGAGCAAGAUAUGAACGUUAUUACUAAAUUCUGCCAAUUAUCAGUUGGUGGGCAGAAGUUAUAUGUGAGACUUUUUCAACGUAAGCUGAACUGGUUAAAAGUGAACAAAAUUGAGUAUGAAGAGAUAGCUAAGGAUUUGUCUCCAACAAUUGAAGAACUGGUUGAAGCCAGAUUUUUGCAAACAGACUCUGAAUUGGAAGACUUGUGUGAAGGUUUGGAUUUGCUUUCUGCCCCUGAACUAAAAUCUUUAGCAAAGAUCUUUCACUUGCCAAAUCCAAAUGGUCAGAAACAACAACUUGUGGAUGAUUUCCUGAGGUUGGCAAAACAACGUUCAGUCUUCAGCAGGGAUCAGGCUGGUAUUGGGACUGUUAUUUUAAAAAGGGCAAAGGAUUUGGCUGGAAGAUCAGUCAGAAUAUGUAAAGGCCCUCGAGCUGUCCUUUCUCGAAUCCUGCUGCUAUUUUCCCUGUCUGAAUCAGUGGAGGAUGAAGAAGCUGGCAGUGCUGGUCAAGGCCAGCUCUUCACAGUUCUUAUGGUAAACAUGGGACGUAUGGUAUUCCCCAGUUAUGCUGUGAAUAGGAAAACACAAGUCUUUCAGGACAGAGAAGAUCUUAUCAGGUAUGCAACUGCUGCUCACCUGUCAAACGAUAUAGCCACUGCAAUGGUAAAUGGGAACUGGGAAGAAGCUCAUCAUCUGUAUAUGUGUGCAAAAGAAACCUGGAACAGUCUGAAAAAUCACCCGUCUUUGAGCAAUCACAGAGUUCUACCCGAGUAUCUGCGACAUUUCACAGUUGGCUGGAAAUACACAAGGAUACUUUCUCAAGGUGUUGAAAUUUUGCAGAGACUUCACAUGUAUGAGGCAGCAGUGCAGGAGCUGCAGGCGCUUCUGGCUCAAGACGUGUAUUGCACUGACAGCAGGGGGCGGUGGUGGGAUCGCCUCGCUCUGAAUUUACAUCAGCACUUGAAAAACACCAAGCAGGCCGUUGACUGCAUUAGGGAUGGACUGGCUGACCCAUUUGUACGGACGGGGCACCGUCUCGCUCUCUACCUGCGGGCUCUACGUAUCAGAGACUCACCAAGCUGCAGGCAGCUCAGAUGCCUUUUUCAUGAUUUGCCAGACGUAACUGUGGAGGAUGUGACACAUGUUACAAUCAAGGGAAAGAUGUGUCCUCAAACAAGAUUGGGAAAAUCUGUGUUUCUAAUGGAGGAUAUUGUGGAUGAAGAAGGAGGCACAGACUGCAGUGUAUCCACGGUCAUGUGCUCAGUUGAAGAGCUUGCAUUAACUCAUUACAGACAGAAUGGUUUUGAUCAGGGAAUUCAUGGAGAGGGUUCAACGUUUAUUACACUGUAUGGUAUUCUAAUGUGGGAUAUCAUUUUCAUGGAUGGCAUACCCGAUGUCUUCAGAAAUUCCUAUCAGGUAUUUUUGAAAGGCUGUGUUAAUUCCUUCGCCCAUAUUGUUGUAGGUUCUGUAGCAGUGUUAGCACUCUCAUUCUGGCCUGGAUUCACAUUUUAUUCUGAGGGACUUUUCAGACAAGGCUUAGCAAUACUUGUUUUGUGUUGUUAUGUGGGGCUUGUUGCUGAAGGGCUCCUCAGAGACAGAGUGCCAUGUUAGUCUGGAUUGACCGUCAGAUGGGGUGGGAUUCAUUGGGUUAAAUGCAGCUGUCCUGUGUCUGAGCUCACUGGUUGAAUUGUUCUUUAUAACCAGUGGUAGAACUUCUGUUGCACAGUUCAUGUUUGAAGAUGACACAUUCCAUUAAAAAUACAUCUUUAAUAUAUUUUCUUCAAUUACUUUUAAGGGGGAAAGCAUUUCUCUUUAAUUUCAGGUUUCAGAUUUGUUAAUGUCCACCCCCAUCUGCCCUGCCCUACCUUACCUAUCAUCUCCUUUAGUAUCUAAUUAGCGACCACUGGAAAUAUUUCUUUGUAAGUGAGGGAGCUGGAGCUAAAGUGAUGUGAAAAUCUGGCCAGCAGGAUUAAACUCAGAACUAUUGCUGCAUGAGUCUCGCAAAGCUGAAACUCAACUUGUUUUUUUUUGUUUUGGGUUGACCUGUGUUCCUUGAAAUGUCUUUUUUAAGUUGCUUUCUGUUUGUGUAUGACCAAGUCUGUAUGGGGUUAAGCACUGUUUGCAGAGUAAGCUGAGACCUGGUUGGUCUUUGGAAGGUUGAGGUGGGACAUGAGGGCAUUUGCAGGCUCACAGCAGCCCUGAUCAUAAUUCCAGAUCCCAAGUGGGAGUUAGCUGAGCACAAGCCCUUUGUUUUCUAUGAAUUUAAGGGACAUAUGACUAGAGUUA